GAUCCGGAUUCUGGCUUUGGCAACAAACUGUGAAUGGUGGAUUUGGUUGUCUGUUAUGGGAUAUUUACUUUCCAAUUAUAUGACCAUGGCUUUAAAAUUUCAAAAAUUUUAGGGUGUUUUCUGUGAUCGUAUGACUGACAGCUUUGUGGGUAUAUCAUAUAAGUGGAAUAGGGAGGAGAAAAACAAAAACAAAAAACAAAGGGGAAAACAGAAAAAUAUUUGCAGGUAGUAGUUUAUCUGACACCCUCCACAAACACGGGGUUUCUAGAAUCUGAUAAAGGAGAGAAUCAAACAGAGUCCCAGAAAAGAUUCUCCCCCAAUGAUUUUUGUUUCGAUGAGUACUAGAAUGUGAGUGAAUGAUUGGGCCUUCCUUAAUUUCCUAAUAAAAUCAAAUCAAAAGGGAUAGGGAAGGGGUUGCAGAGGCCCGUGGGUGGUAUGGAUGAUUUUCCAAAUGUUUUGUGUGAAUGGAGUUGGGAGGAGAACAAGUCGUUUGAGCUAGCUCUGGCAGUGGUGGAUGAACGAGACCCAGAUCGGUGGAAGGUCGUGGCAGCCAUGGUGGGAGGGAAGAGUGCGGAGGAGGUUGAGAAACAUUAUGUUAUUCUCUUGCAGGAUUUGCAGUUCAUCGAGUCUGGUGAAAUGGAUCAUAAACUGGGUGAGGCUCAGCCCUGCGUUCAACUCGAGUGUUGGACCGACCAAGAUCACAAGGAAAAAAGGAAUAUUACAUUUCCACCUCUUAACUGACGAAGCUAUCAACAUUUGCAAAAUAGUUGCCAUAGCAAAUGGGCAAAAUUCUAUGUAGUUUGGCUCUCUACUUGUCUUUUUGUGGUCUGUUAUUAUUACUAAAAGCAAUUUGGAGUACAUUGAUUCUCUGAUCUUGCUGAGUAUGUGAUUACAGGUUGCUGGUUCAAUUGGACAUAAAGUGAUCAGUGGGGUCAAUAACCAUUCAUCAAAGCAGUUGAUUCUUAAUUCAGCUCAUGCUCAGCAAUGAACAUUACAGCUGGACUAUGGUUAGUGCAUUGGUUUUUCUUAUUUAGAACUUUUAGUAUGUUGUCAGGGUAAUGAUCUCUUCUCAAUUGUAAAUCAGAAAUUGCUAGUGACUGCAUUUCAGAAGGAUAAAACUUCCAAAUUUGGAGAACUCUGAUUCCCAAAAUAUAACAUCCCAUGUUUCACUUGGUUAUCA